GCGGGAAAUAUGACGUCACCAGGAAACAUUUUCAAAACAACAGUCUUUCUAGCUGUAGCUAUCAUGCUAUAGUUCUGCACGGGCAGUGCCUUUUAACCGUACAUACUCAAAAUGUCCGAAAACAAAAGCGUACAGCAGUGGUCUUCAGAAGAAACCAGCGUGCUGCUCGCGAUAUGGUCUUCCUCAGAGAUCCAGGAGAAACUGGAGAGCUCGAAAAGGAAGAAAAGAGUGUAUGACGAGAUAAGCCAAGAAAUGCUGCACGGCGGCUUCAUUCGCUCGACCGACCAAAUAAUAAACAAAUUAAAAAAGCUUAGGAAGGAGUACAGGGACCAGAAAAGGAAACCAAGCAAGCGCGGCAGUGGACAUAGCAAUAAAACCUUUGACCACGAAAUUAUGGAGUCUGUGCUAGGACACCGACCAGCCAGUCAGCUGAACGGGGCCUUGAAUUCAGCGACGGCCACACUCGAGACAAACGAUGACUCUCCCGUGUUCUCUGUAGCGGAUCUAGGGAGCAGAAUAUCCGAGUGCAAAACUGCACAGCAGUGGUCUUCAGAGGAAACCAGUUCGCUGCUUGCGAUAUGGUCUUCCACAGAGAUCCAGGAGAGACUGGAGAGCUCGAAAAGAAAGAAAAGAGUGUAUGACGACAUUUGCCAAGAAAUGGUAAAAGUUGGAUUUACCCGUACGACUGACCAAAUCAUAAACAAACUAAAAAAACUUAAGAAGGAGUUCCGGGACCAAAAGAAGGAGCCAAGUAAAAGCAUCAGCCGACUGAGCAAUAAUACCACCAACCAUGACGUUAUGGAUGCUGUGCUGGAACACCUACCAGCGAGUCAGUUUACAGAGGCAUUAAAUUCAGCGACCGCCAUGCUCGAAUCAAAUGCUGAAUCGCUGUCUUCUGCAGCUGAUCUUGACUGUUCAGUCAAUGAGGUGCUGGACCAAGCUGAAUCGUCCUUAAACUCUUCUCAUACCCAGCCAAGAAAGUCUCUGGGAACAACCAGAAUAAAGAAGAGAGAUCCAAACCAGGAGCUGCUGGAAUACUUGCAAACUGCUGAUGAACGGUUUAUGGCACACGCCAAAGAACUUAAUACUGCCAUUCUUAAUAAAAUGGAUGAAGCUACAAAUUCUAUGCUGGGAUUAUUGGGACGCAUGGUGGCGCUAAUGGAGGGACAGCAGGGAAACAAGCCAUGAAUGCUUUUGCAUACUUUAUUCUCAUUUGCACACUUCUUACAUUUAAAGUCAAAGAAAAAUCAAAAUUACUUUAAUUUAUGUUCCUGCUCUUAUUUUGAAUUAUUAUGUACGUUAUUACAGAAAAAAAAUAACUUUUUUUAAUCUGUCAUCAAAAUAUAAUUUUCUCUACCCCUGAAAUUAUUUUCCUUUUUGACAUCAUCAGCUCAUUCCUUCCAAUCACCUGUCAUGAUAUAGAGACCAUGGGCAGCGAGUAUCUCCACGUGGAAUUAGUGUAGCAAACUACCAGAGGUGCAUUUUUAACCGUUUGUCUCCUAAAACCUUGUUCCCAAUUCCCAAACUGUCCUGGUUUCUGGCUCAGUGGAUUUUUUUUUGCUCUGUGAAGUAGGAGGAACACAAAAUAUUGACUGCCAGUGCUUUGCUCCAUCUAUGAAAAGCAUUUGAAUGGGUGUGAAGUGAAAAUUUUGGGAUGCUCUGUUGGGGCCAGCAUCAAACCUUUCUUCGUGACUUUGAAUAAAUGGCCACGCAUGGAAGACAACACUCUUGAUGUCAACAAGGGUUCAUCAUGCACCAUAAUGGAACCAACAGAUCAAGAAGACAAUGAAAAUGAAGUCCAUCCUGGUGUUGUAGGCAGUAAGCUGGCAUUAGUGAUUAAAGCUUUUUCCAUAGUUGCACAAGACGUUGAAGGGGUUAUGUUUUUGAGGAGCAUUUUGCUUGAACAGAAUCAUCUGUUUAUUUAUUACUGUUAUUUUGUUUAUCUGUCAUACAGGCACAAGAGCUUGACCUGAGGCCCGUUUCAGAAAGGAGGUUUAGUGUAAACUCUGAGUAUGUUAAUGAGGGAAAUGAGGGAAACUCUGGGUUUUCUGUUUCAGAAUCGAAGUAUCUCAAUCCCGAGAAAGUGGGGUAAUUCAAGGAUAUUUCUGAAAGUAAUUUAAGCCCCUUUCACACAGCGCAUUGAUCCCAUAAAAUUGUCAGAGUCCCUUCUGUGUGAACGCAAACAUGUCCCAGGAUUGAUUUCGGAAUGGGGACCUAAUAACAUUGCCGGGAUCAGUCCCGGAAUGCGCCCUCCCUGUGUGAACAAAAGGCAGGGCCAAUGUCGUAAGGGGUGUGUUGUAGUGUAGUCUCCUUCUCCCUUUUAAAGCAUAAGCAGUGUUCAUUCAUUCACACUGCAAAAUUUUUUUCCUUACCGAAGUACAAAUACAAAUACAGAAUUCUUAAAUCAAAAUGCAUUUUCGAUAAAAAGAAAAAUAACAUAAGAUAUUUAGUCUCGUUUCCUGGGGUAAGCAUUUAGCUUAAAACAGGUAAAAUGAUCUGCCAAUGGGGUAAGAAAAAUAAUAUUAAUGUAAACGGAAAACAAAAUUAUUUUUCUUUCCCCAUUGGCAGAUCAUUUUACCUGUUUUAAGCAAAAUGCACUUAAUUUAGAUUUUUUCCCCCUGGGAAACAAGACUAAAUAUCUUAUGUAAUUUUUCUUAUGUAGAAAAUGCAUCUGGAUUUAAGAAUUUUUAGAUAUUUUGACUGGAAACAAGUCAAAAAUACAAAGAAAAAAUGUUUUGCUCUGCAGUUCAUUCAUUGCGCUUAUUUUCAUCACGCAGACACGUCUUAGUGACAAAAAUGGCAUGACUUUUUAUAGAGGAUCCUGCACAGCAAAAUCCCCAGAGUUAAAUCAACUCUGCUCAGAGUACAUAUGGUCCCUCUCUAAAUAGUGUUAAAAUA